GCGAUAGUUGCGAUGCCAUGGAUGACAUGGGCAACUCCUUAGGCAUACUAUCGCAUGGUAGGGGAAGCAGCGUAACCAGCAAUAGAGGCUUGGACUUUCGAGCGAGGAGCUCAUCAUUCUUACUUCUUACUUACAUGUUUAUAUUCAUUUGUGUCUUCAAGCCCGUAACAGCGUCAGAGCUGCAAUAUGCAACGAUUAGAUACAGUCAGGAGAUGGGGAACGUGGUGAAGUUUGUGAUACCAAUGCGGUGGAGCAGGACCGCCGAGUUCAGGACAGUGCAGGGAGGCGACGUGGUGGAUGUCGUAGGAACAGCAGGAGUGGACAGUGGAACAGUUGUCUUCAACCCUGGCCAUGGUCCAUCAUCCAGGAUCCAGAUGUUUGUGCAGGAAGUCGACCAGAACUACGUCUACGGGGAGGCGUACUACAUGUAUGCCUCAUACCCAGCACCCAACAACAACGGUGCGCCGUGGGUGGCAACGUUGCAAGGCUGCUGUCUGCCUUGCUCAUACAAGCCCUUCAACCUCACUGCAUACGUCGACCUCCUCAACGCUCCGGCCUCGCCAUCAUUCAAGUCGCUUCCAGCAGUUUACGUCCAGGAGCACAUGGCGAGCACGAUCCAGCUGCCCGCCAACACGCCAGGAGGGAUCAACUCUCCUUUCUGGCGCCUUGGCCAAGGGCUGGAAACCAGCGGGCUGUCAAUUGACCGGAAUGUGUUCUUCUUCAACGGGCCGGACUACCUCGGCGGGCUGCUGACAACCAACUUUUCAGUGACCAACCCAAGUUAUCAGGGCUCUUGUCAACGUGCGUUCUCAGUGAUUGUGCAAACUCUGUCGGUUCCCGGAUUCAUGGUCCCGCUGCUCUUCGUCGUCAACACGGUUCCUGAAGCAGACUGGGCAGUGAGGCCGACAUUCCUUAGCCCCACGGUCUCUACACUACAGGGAUACGUCGGAUACGACGUGUUCUUCACUAU